CAGGUAUUCAACGACCCAGUUCAUGGUCACAUUGAACUUCAUCCACUGAUGGUAAAGUUCAUUGACACUCCCCAGUUCCAGAGACUUCGCUAUAUCAAGCAACUCGGUGGGUACCUGGUGGCUGUUACUAUGUAUUCCCUGGGGCAUCACACAAUCGGUUUGAACACUCCAUUGGGACAUGGUCCGUUUUCUCACCUGUUUGAUGGAAAGUUUAUUCCAAAGGUGUUGCCUGAAAGCAAAUGGAAGCAUGAAGUUGCCUCAGAGAUGAUGCUGGAUCACCUCAUAGAGGAGAAUGGUCUGAUGGAGGAGAUGAGGAAAUAUGGUCUGGACGAGAAUGACGUGAUCUUCAUUAAGGAGCUGAUUGUAGGGCCUGCCAAGAAUGCAGAUGAAACUCCCACAACUCCCACACGACAUGAUUGGGAAUACAAAGGAAGACCAGUGUCGAAGAGCUUUCUCUAUGAGAUCGUAGCCAACAAGGGGACAGGAGUAGACGUGGACAAGUGGGACUACUUUGCCCGGGACUGCCACCAUCUUGGAAUUCCCAACAGCUUUGACCUGUGGAGAUACAUGACAUUUGUGAGGGUCAUUGAAGUCGAUAUGACCUAUGAGGAUCAGGUCGUCCAUCGAAGACGGCAAAUCUGCACCAGAAACAAGGAGGUGAACAAUAUCUAUGAGAUGUUCCACACUCGCAGCAUGCUGCACAGGAAGGCCUACCAGCACAAGACCAUCAACAUCAUUGAAGAAAUGAUAACAGAAGCUCUGGUGGCUGCAGAUGAUCAUCUCUUGAUUCCUGGGAAGGAUGGAGAGAAAGUAAAAAUGUCAAGAGCUAUUAAGGACCCUGUUGCUUUCACCAGACUCACUGACCAAGUGCUGCAGCAGAUACAGCUCUCCGAUGAUCCAAACCUCCAACAAGCCAAAGACAUUCUGGCAAAAGUGGAGAAGCGGAGACUGUACAAACAUGUGGGACAGACACAAGCACAGAAACCUUUGACUAAAGCAGACGGGGCAAGGAUAUGCUCCGAGAUGAUAAACAGCCUCAGUCCAGAUGAUCUAGAGCGAGACGGUCUCCCAUCACUCUCUGAAGAGGACAUAAUAGUGCUGAUUGCUACAUUUGACUAUGGUAAGAAGGCAGAGAACCCAAUUGAUCAAGCUCGCUUCUACACAAAAGAGAAUCCAGACAAGGCCGAGAAAGUUUGCAAAGACCAGGUGUCCCAGAUGCUGCCUCCCAUAUUUAGGGAGCAGCAGAUACGAGUCGUCUGUCGGAAAGAUGACAAGCCCAGCCUCGAUGCAGCUUUGAAGUAUUUUGAAAAGUGGUGCAGUACAGCUACUCCCACGGAUUUCACGUAUCUGACUGUACCUAUGUAUGAUGAACCGUCUGAACUCCUCACAAGUCACUACUCGAGGUGUCGGCAGUUUAUCAAACAGGCUCACUCUGACGGCGGAACUGUACUAGUGCACUGUAAUGCAGGGAUCUCUCGAUCCUCCACGGUGGCUCUGGCCUAUGUGAUAGAAACCGAGAGGGUCUCCCUGGAACUGGCAUACGACAGACUGAAGAAGAGUAGACCAGCCAUUCAGCCCAACCCUGGAUUCAUGAGUCAACUGGCAGACUUUCAGGAGCGCCUCGAAAUACAACAAUGA